GGACAGAGUGAAUAUGAAGAGUGAGUUCCGUUCACUUCACAUCUUUUAUGAUCACAAAGACCUAGGCUUUUGGACUGGUUACCUGACCAGGAGGAAGUCACAACCAGCAAUGCCAAGUUAUAUUCCAGAUCAAACCAACAAGGAAAAAGGUAAAGCCAUGGAAUGGUGCUUUCCAUAGAUACUGUGUUGGUCUUAUAGUAGAGAUGUGGGAUGUCACAUGUGGAGGUUGUGUCCCUGGCUCUCCAUACAGCCAAAUGAUGCUUCAGCAUGCACGCCACAGUGUCUUUGUGUCACAGUGGACCACAGAAGUAGAAGGAGAACUCUUAUUAGAGUCCAUGGUGGCCACUCUCAGAUCAGGUCAACACAGUGGCUCCCAGAUGGCAGCAUCAAGUGCAGCAGCAGCCCCAAGAAGAGUCCAUCAGUGGGGAACACCCAUGUGUAUUGGUCUGUGUCUAGUCCAGCUGUCAUCUGUGGCUCCUCAGUCAGCCAGAAGCAACAUGUCACUGCCUCCUCUUCAGGCUGAAGCUCUUCUAGACAACAUACAGUUAGAAUGGAGCCCUGAAUUGGCCUUGCUAGUAACUGCCAUUCUCAGAUAUUCAAGGGAGCUCAAGGAAUAUACAAAGAAUAGGAAACCCAGGAAAGUACAAGAAAGUGGCUCUUCUUCUUCAGUAGAAACCUUCAGCAGUAUGAGUGUAAAAUGCACAAACAUCAAUGUAUUUGCUGUCACAGAGCAAAAAGUGUCGUUAAUGGCUCGAGUAGACAGCCUGGAGAGUGCCAAGUCUGCAAAGAACUCAAGAACAACUAUAACUGGGAUGAAGAUGGUGCGAUUUGUUCCUACAGGCACUCAGUACUUGUGUAUAAAAUCUUCAGAGAUAAAGGGUGAAUGUGGUCAAAUAAGUGAAGUUAUUGUUGAGCAUGUAAAUGGAGAACUGCUUUUGAAUGUCAGUGAGCAACUCCAUUUGACCUGGUCCACCACUACACACAUAACCCUUCUCACUUUGGGUCAGGAAGUAGCUGCAUUUAUCAGAGAUGUCAAACCCUCUUCAGCCUCAGGAGACAAAGCAGGAGAUGCAACCCCAGGAGAAGAUCCUGAAAAUUCAUCUUUACAGUUGCAGUUGGUAGCUAAAGGAGACAUAAAAAUUGGUGCUGAACUCUCCCAGCGGCAUCAGAUGUACUUUAUACUGAGUGACUUAACAUACUUGAUGGCCAAUGGAAGGAUAUCAUGUCAGACAGAUGAACUGCAGAUUCAGUUCGAUGACCACAAUAUAAUGACUCUGUCAGGUGGAAAGUUGUCUCGGGCUCUUCAGUCUCGGGAAGUGCGUGAGGAGAGAGAAUCAAUGCAAGAGCUUGUUCAGAAGCAGAAUAAAGCAUGGAGACUGACAGUGGGAACAUGGAAGAUUACCUUCCCAUAUAAUUACAAGUUUGCAGAAGCCUUUAGUGAUGACCUGUUGUCUGUGGUGAAGUGGAUAAAGUUAGUUCAUAAUCGUCGCCCUAAGUCAUUCACAGCUGAUAGUCCCCUGCCUCCUGAUUUGGUUAUACGAGUAAAGCACUGGCUUUUAGAGAUUGGAGACGAUCCAUUUGAAGUGAAGUUGAGGUACAAUUAUGAACUCUUAGAAGAUGAAUACCAAGAGAGUUGCAAGAGGAUCAAGGCACUAGAUGCAAGGAUAGAGGAACUCCGCAAGACCAUGUUCCUCUUUCCUACAGGCAAGAUUGAGGAACUGUACAAAAAUCUGCAGGAAAAGAACAGUGAGACAUACAUCAAGAGGUCAAAGUUGAUGUAUGAGUCUGCCCCAAUGCGAACACAGUUGUUUACAUGGACAAUGGAGGAUGUAGUGAUAUUUGCAAUGGCUGAUCCAACUUUCCAUGGAACAGAGAAAGUUACACAGCACAUGGUUGACAUUGAUCAAGAGUCCCCAUGGCCUCAGGAGGGCCAGGAAUUUUCAACACUUUGGUGCCGCAUGAUUUCAGCCUCAUGUGCAGAGUGGAAAUUCAAGCUCAGAGAUUAUCCUCAGUCCCUCCUAGACAUGUCUGACCUUGAGAUCUGGGGAAGACUCAUUGGUGCUGAACAGAAGGCCAGUAAAAGAGCAAUAAGGAAUGUGAUGGUGGAGGUUGGAGCACCAUGGUCAAAUACUAUGGUUGAACGCACAAUGUCAGCACUCAAAUUCUACCAUGACUUUUCCUGUGAAGUCAAGAGCUUCACUGCAGCUUAUGGUCCAUGUUGGGAACCUGCAGUUGCUCAGUUUAAUCUCGCCCUCUCCCUCAUCAACCAGCCGUCCCGGGAUCCCUCGACACCACUGCCUUGGUGGGACAAGAUGAGGCUCCUCUUCCAUGGCCGCCUGACUCUCAUGGUCGAGCGCAUGACCCUGCUCCUGCAUGCCUCCCUCGACCCCUAUAACACCACUGAGGAGAUGGAGCUCACCUGGACAAGCCUCACCAUGGACUGGACUAACGCAAAACUGGUAUUCAAGGGAAAUCUGAAAGUGUCAGUAAAAACAGCAUCCAAGUAUGAUGAUGCUAGGCUCCUGCAUGUCCCAAACCUAAAGCUUACAGUCAAGAUGAUAUGGCAGUGUCGUGGGAACCCCAAUGACCACCAUUCAGUCAUGCUUUGUGCACCAGACAAACUCCCAGAAUAUUCAAGUAACCAGGAACACGACUCCUACCGAGCCUUUCGCUCUCAGAACCUGAGUAUGAACAUUCAGCUGGAAACCAAAACACCCAAAAAGGCCAACACAGCUGUCUCUGCGCCAGUCAUUGAAGCUCUCUUCUUUGGCAGCACUCUAAGAUGGUUUGAAAAUCUCAAGUUCAUCUUAUCUGGCGUUGCCCGACCCACCAGACGAGGCCCACUCUUCAAUAAUACACAUGCACGCAAACCUCAGUUGUCGAGGCAUUACAGCAGCAUACACCUUUCUGUGUCAUUUCAGCGCUUUGAUGUACGGUACUGGAUGUCUGUAGGAGUCAGAAAAGGAUUCCACCUCAGUGGUGAAAGACUGUCCCUUAGUUCUGAGCACAAGUUAACGUUGAUCCCAGUCAACGAUGGUUUACGUCACCGUCCUCGCAGUAGCUGGGGCAUCGUGUACCUCAACACAGAACUCUGCCUGGCCCAAGUCUGGCUUCAAAGUGCAAUGAAGGACUACACCGCCUUCAGUGACGAAGAGGAUCGCCCACAGGAGCCAGUUUCUGCACCUGUAGAAAAAUUUUAUUUCCUAAAUGUAAACCGAGUAGAGUACACCAGAGAAACCCUCACCCCCACACCAGCAGACUCUACUCCAGAUCCAAAUCUUCGUGAUAAGCCCAAUCACCGUCUUGUAGUACAUGGCUUGAAGGGAGCCUGGACCACUAACAACAGAGACAUCGUCUUUGCCCUGUACGACUCCUGGAACAAGUCACAGCAGCUCCGGCGAAACCUGACCCCAGACAUUAUAAAGAGCUACAAUCCAGAGGCCUCUACACCCCAGAAGCCUAGGAGCCGAUCCAUUACAGACAAUGCAACCCAACAGAACCUAACCUCUCCAACAGCAUCAUUGCAGGUUCCUCCAGUCCAAGCCACACCAUCGCCAAUGUCACGCCUUCAGUCUGGUCAUGCUCAAGCCAUGCUCCAACAGCUUAUUGCUGAAGCUGAUAACAACCAAGUUGCAUUUAGUGAGGAUUGUUCAAACACAGAGCCCAGAGACCAGAUACCCCAUGGAGUUAAAGCCUACACUGUUGAUGAUGUCAUUCACAAGAAGUGGCUUAUUGUUCUGGUCAACAGUCAAGUGCUUCUGAAGGGCUGUGAAACAAAUGGCUAUGUGAUCCUUAGUGCUGCCAAUGCACAGAUCGUGCAGCGCAUCCACCGUCCAGUGUGGCAGGAUCACUCCCUUGUCACGAAGACCACUUGGUUCGGGUCACUAGAAUGCAUGCAGUACUAUGCCACUGUUAGUAGUGCUGGGGACAAGGAGACACAGAUGGAUAACAUAAUGUGGCUGACAUUGGACAACAUUGAAGAGAAAGAUGGGCAAGUGAUCAAUGAAGUAGCUGACAUAGUGGGAAGUGGACAGUCUGUGGGUGGAGUAGUCUCUCAGACUGUUGGCUCAAUGGAUGAAGAUGAUGAACUUCAACUGCAACGCAUAGUAUCAAGGUGCAAGUGUGAAUUUUAUUAUGUGGCUUAUGGUGAAACUGGCCUGGAUGUCUCUCUUCUGGAAGAAGUUCAUCCCCCACUCCCUGAAGAUGACCUCUGGAGCCGCAAUGUGGAAGCUGUUGACACCUUCACACUAGUCCAUCAUGACCUCUGUGCAAGCACUAACUCCCUGCAGUAUAACAUGGUUGUAGACAUCCUGAACAACCUGCUUCUGUAUGUGGAUCCCAAAAAAAAGGAAGCAAGUGAGGCUGUUGCCCGCAUGAGGUUCCAGCUCCAGCUCUACUCAAGAGAUGACCAACGAAAGCCCAUCAUCAGGCUGCAGAAUCAAGUCAGGUAUCAUCUGUCACAGCUGAGAUCACUAGAGAAAGAAGUCUAUCUUGUCCAAAGACACCUACUCAAUGACCCAACCAAUCAGCAAAAAUUAGAUGAAAAAGAAGUAUUAGAGAAGCAGGUGGCAGAGUGCAAAGAAAAAGUUAAUGCCUUGAGUGAAGAAUUAGCCAUGAGAAUUCACUUGUACAAUGAAACCCAGCUCUCUGCUAAUCACAAGUGGACAUCAUCAGGUGGAGACAAGCAGACGAAAGUGAUCCGGAUGAAUGAAGUUAGCUUCAGGAAGGCUCAGUGGCGAUUGACAGAGAAGGAUGGACAGCUAGGUAUUGCAGAUCUGGUGCUCUCAAAUUUCUUGUACACAAAGAAAACCAAUGCAGAUGAUAGUGGAGAACAUCUUUUGGAACUUGGAUAUGUCACUAUGAGGAACCUUUUGCCAAAUCAAAUUUACCAAGAGGUUCUCAUGCCCUCUGAGCUGCAAAUGAACAUGCCUGUUGAUCGUCAGAGGACUCUACGAAUAUUCUGCAGAGAGAAGCCCCCAUGUGGUGGGAUAUCUAUCAUUGAACACUUUGAGGUUAAUGUUGUACCUCUAAAUAUUGCCCUGACCUAUCAGUUCUUCAAAACAAUGAUGAAGUUCUGCUUCCCAGACAACACAACAGAAGAGGAGUUUGCAGGGAGUGAGGUCUCAUCAGGAGGCCAGAGCACACGUGGCAGCAAGAAACAAGCAUCGCUGCGGAAAUCUCACAAGGAGUCCAACUUUUAUGUGGCUCUGCAAGAUAAGGAUGAUGUAGAGAUUAUGAAGCAACGAGCUGAGCAGAACAAGUUAUUUGUUUAUAUAAAGAUCCCAGAGCUUCCAGUGCGAGUCAGCUACAAAGGCAAAAAGGAAAAGAACAUUGAGGAUGUAUCAAACUUCCGUUUGGUAGUGCCGACCCUAGAAUACCACAAUGUGACAUGGACAUGGCUUGACUUCCUAAUGGCUAUGAAGCAGGAUUCCAAAUCAGCUCUCUUGUCUCAGGCCAUCAAACACAAGUUGAACCUGGCUCACUUCCGGGCAGAUGAAGCGGCCACACCCAAUGAAGAAGAAAAGGCUCGACUCUUGUUGGGAAGCAAAUUGAUGCCACCAGAGUCCAAAGGUACAAAGAAGAGCUUGUUCAAGUUCAACAGAUAGCCUACCAGGCAACACGUCAUAGUUGCUCAACCUCACAUACUGAAGGAAACUUAUUGCUUGUUUUUUAAGUAUGGUGGAAGGGCAAAUGUAACUUCACAUAUUUCUUCAUAUUUUUUCCCCAUACUGGAAUAAGAAAUAGAAGUAAUGAUGAUAAGUAUAUAUAACUUAGCUGUAAUGGAGCUUUUGAUCUGUGAUUAAGACUAAAGAAGUUAGAAUGCAGCUGAUUUUGCUUUUUGGUGGUGAAGUAUCAUGUUAUGUGUCUUUGAUUUUGUGAAUUCUUUGCUUUGUAUCACUUAUUUGCCUUAAGUAUUUGAGAGCAUGUUAGUGGGCUCUUUGUUAGUGUUGUUAUUAUUAAUAUUAUUAUUAUUUAUUUAUUUAAUUUUUUUUUUUUUUUUACUGGUCAAUUUCAGUCAUCAUAGAAAUGUGUUCUGGACUCCCCAAAAUUUAUAUGGCGAAACACAUAGUAUCAGGAGUUUUUCUGUGAUAUUAAGGGGAAACUCAAGAAUGUAGCAGAUAAGAAUUAUAUGAUUAUUACUAAAAAAAGAUUAUUUAAAUAUCUUCUGCUUCAAAAUUAUUUUUAGUUUAUGUAUGUAAUGUUAUUGUAGCACAUGACAUUAAUCUAGUUCCAAAAAUGGUGCAUUAGUUGUUAAGACUUUAAAGAGAGAUGUAGGAGAUAUUCUUUACAUCCAGUAUGUAAUUUAUUGAUAAAGAUAGCAAUGAAAUUUUGAAAGAUGCACAUUCUGAAUUAUCAUUUUUUCAGAAGAUAAUAUAUGAGGUUCACUUUUAUUCAUGGAUCUACUUUGACAAUACUUAGUCAGUUCAUCUUGGCUCUGAUACUAAGGAAGUUCUUUGAAUUCUCUUUAGAAAGAAAAACUCAUAUUCGUAUUCUCCUUUCGAUCUUCUUUCUUAUUCAUAUUAACAAAGAAUAAAUGAUGAACAAGAGUACCAAAUAUUUCAUUCAUUUUUCAGGUAGACAAUAUUAACAGCAUGAGAGUGUCUUAGAACCAUGAAUGAGAUAACAUGUAUGUGUGAGAAGUUAAGACCAAGCACAUUUAACUUGAUAUGAAUGAAUGAAUGUCAAGUAAAAGGGUUAAAAGAGGGAGGAGGAAGAGGAGGAAAAAUAGAAAGGAGCGGUAAACAUGUGUGUAGAAAUUGUGAUUAACUAGUGAUUGAUAUUUUUGUAUCUAGUUAUUAACGUGCAAUGCUUUAAUUAGGGUAAUGGUAUCUGUUGAUUUUUUUUGCAGUAUGAGAAGAUUUAAAAUAUUUUAAUCUAUAGUAUAAGCCCACUAUUUUUUUGCAUAUACUGAAAUUUUCUUGUCUUUUUUAACUUCCUUAUUAACUCAUUCUUUAUUGCAGAAUAUCUUGACAGUUUAUAAAAAAAAUGGUUAAUAAAUGAAUUUGCUUUCAUUUCACAUCUGCAUAUGAUUUGUUUUUGAGAAAAAAAAAAAAUAUACCCCUUUUGAUUUAGGGAAAUAAAGUCUUGCUUUGUUGAUAGAGAUUUUAAUGUAAAGUAAAAUUGAUUACUGUUAUACUAACUUUAAUUAUUUGUUAUAUUUACUUCUGUAACAUUAGGAAAACUGAUAUAUUUUAAUAGUUCCAUUACUUAAAAAAAUAAAUUUGUAAAAAUUAUAAAGUAGUUAACCUCUGAUUCUUUACUUUGUCUAUACAAUAGGACAUAUUCCAGCCAAAUGAAAAUAUAAGCCUGAUUAACAUAAGUUUGAUUACUACCCAUAUAUUUUCCUCAUAUAAAGAAAUUCAUGAGAAUAUGCACAUAUUUCCCUUUUUUUCUCUGUCAUACACAAAUAGUAUAGUUUAUUAAUGCAGAGAUAAUAUAAAAAAAAAAAUGUACCUAGUAUGUAGUGUGAAUUUUAAUUCCCAUAAUAAGUGCACGUCAAUUACACUUGGGUAUUGAUUAUUGUUAUUUUUUUAUAUGCAACUACCUUUGUACGUGGUGAGAAUUAAGUAUCUGAACAUUAGGGGAAAGGUAUUACAUAAUGAUUUUGUAAGGCAGGUUGAUUUGAGUUUGGUGAAGUUGAUAUUUCUUUACAUAUCUACACAAUGUAAAACCCUACAUGCACUACUUUAGUACCCUAAUGUUUCAUAUUUUUACUACACUUCUUUUUGGUACAUGACAUUUUGGUAGUUUAUAUUAUUGCAUUUGCCAGUCACAUACACCAAAUGCUUUUUGUGCACACUGUAUCUGGGGAGUGAGGUUUUCUUGAUAUUCUCAUAGUCUCAUCACCUUCCGGAAAUGGGAAAGAGGUAAUCAUCGAUAUGAAAGGAGAGAUUUGCCUCUUAGCCUUUGAUUCUGCAUUUUUAUUUUCUGUAUGAACCAAAUGGUUGCACUGCUUGUAGAAUGGAAGUAGUCAAAGGGCCUGAUUAUAAAGCCAAAGAUUUCAGUAGAUAAGCAUAUAAUAUUUUGUCUUACCUGAAAAUGUCAUAUGAAGGUGUAUGUGUAUGUGUCUGUUUUUUCUUUGUUUUGAGUUUUUCUAGUUCUGCAAUACAAUUAAUGUUCCUACAUUCACCAGAUGUUGCUGCUUGUGAUGAUAAUUGUUCACUGCUUCAUCUAUCAGUGUUAAACUGUUCCUGUAGGAAUUACACCGUCUUGAGAAUAAAUUAUUUUAUUAAUCAGAAUGGAAUAAUAUUCAAAGAGUGGAUAAAAAUCAUUAUAACAGAUAUAGUUUUUCACCUUCAUUAAGUUCAAAUCAAAUCAGGCCUAUAAAUCAUAUUUGAUGGUAUUGUAUACAGUAUUAUUUUCUUAUGCUAUUUUGGUUAGUGUUUAACCACAGUUUGAAAUAUCUUUUGAAAAGUCCAUCCUUGUAUCACUGAGAAAACAAGCAUUUGUGGGUCAGAAUACAUGUAACUAAUAUAUUGAUUACCUUAUACCAUCCAGAAUACACAGUAUCUUUCCUUUUUGUCUUUUAGAAAAGAAAAUUGUAAAGAUUUGCACCUUAAUUCCCCCUUUUGCAUCAUGUCUGUGUUGAUCUUUCAUAGCUUUUGCAUUGCUAGUUUUCUCAGGAAAAAAAAGCUGUUUUGGCAACUGUGUAAUCUAGGCAUAAUUGAGGUGCUCCUUAUCAUUUAGAAGAAUCUAUUUUGUUUAUGCAAAUGUAUAUGAACUUUUAUGCAUAUAUGACAAGUUUUCUUAGGGUAUCUGGAUUAUUUAGGUUGGGAACUUUUUAUGACAUGAUUUUAUGAGUAGUUUAGAAAGUUUCUUUUAUUAUUAAAGGUAUUAUGCAUUUGAAUAUUUGGAUUUAAAAUCAUUUAAUGAAGGAAUAAUCAAGUGUUUCUUAUAGAUAUAUAACAACUGUUGUACCAAAAUGAAUGACUUGCAUGAUAUCUUUUUUUUAUACCUAAAGCAACACUAGAUUUUGCUUUUUGUGAUUCGAAAUGGCAGUGUGUUUGUUCUAGUAAAAUAAUUUCCUUGUAUUAUAUAUCUGAAGAAAAUGGGUUGAAGUAUCGCAUUUGCUUAGUAAAAUUCUAGUUUGUUGUAUAUUUGAGUGAGUGAGUGUGUGUGCGUACACGUGUGCACAUGCUUGUGUGUGUGUGUGUUUGUAUGUGUCAAUGAGUGAGAAUGAGCUUGUAUGUGUGCAUUUGCAUAUGCCUGAGUGAUACUUAAAUUACAUACAUGCAGGUGUAUAUUUGUAUGUGUGCUUUUAUAUGCAUACCUAUGUACAUGCCUCUGCAUAUGAAAAAAAUCAAUUCAGCGACCAGUGUUCUGUUCAUAGACAGACACAUAUGGGACAACUCUAUAUAUUGUUUUACACAGAUGUUAAUCAGAAUAUUUUUUAAUUCCUGUAUAAUUGUAUGAAGUAAGUAUUUUUUUUGUUAACAAGAAACCAAAACGGCAAUAAAAUUGAGUGAUAAAUUACUGAUAGGUUAGCUAGACUGUGAUUACAGAACACUGCCUUUAUAAGUCUUUGGUUUAUAGUUCACAUUUUUCAGACUAAUAAUUAUCAUCCUUUUGAAAGUAAUUACUAUUACAGGAAGACAAGAUUUUGCAGUUUCAAGAUAAUAUAUGUAGUGGAUACUUAUUAUUUAAAGUUGGAUAACAACAAUGUAUUUAAUUCUGAUAUUGAUGGAAUAAAGUCUGAUGCAAAGUA